AAGACAACAACGCCCUCUAUGUGAGCGCCAAAGUUGUACGAUUGAAUUGGAGAAGAUAUUUUGUUAAUGCUGCAUUUUUCAUAAUAUUUUUAGAAAAAUGGCAGAUAAAGAUGCCGUGGAAGAACGUGUUAUUAAUGAAGAAUAUAAGAUAUGGAAAAAAAAUACUCCAUUUCUGUACGACUUGGUAAUGACUCAUGCUUUGGAAUGGCCGAGUUUAACAGCUCAGUGGCUACCUGAUGUUACAAAGCCAGAAGGCAAAGAUUAUUCCAUUCAUCGGCUUAUCUUAGGAACACACACGUCUGAUGAGCAGAACCAUUUACUGAUAGCAAGUGUUCAGUUACCCAGUGAAGAUGCUCAGUUUGAUGCCUCACAUUAUGAUAGUGAAAAAGGAGAAUUCGGAGGCUUUGGAUCAGUGAGUGGAAAAAUUGAAAUAGAAAUCAAAAUUAAUCAUGAAGGCGAGGUUAAUCGUGCUCGGUUUAUGCCUCAAAAUCCCUGCAUUAUUGCUACUAAAACACCAUCAAGUGAUGUUUUAAUUUUUGAUUAUACGAAACAUCCAUCAAAACCAGAUCCAAGUGGGGAAUGUACUCCAGAUCUCCGUUUGCGUGGCCAUCAAAAGGAAGGCUAUGGAUUGUCAUGGAAUCCAAACUUAAAUGGGCAUUUGUUGAGUGCUUCCGAUGAUCAUACAAUUUGCUUAUGGGACAUCAAUGCUACACCAAGAGAAAACAAAGUUGUUGAUGCAAAAACUAUUUUUACUGGUCAUACUGCUGUUGUCGAGGAUGUUGCAUGGCAUCUUUUACAUGAAAGCCUUUUUGGAUCAGUUGCAGAUGAUCAGAAGCUUAUGAUAUGGGAUACACGAUCAAAUAAUACUAGUAAACCUAGCCAUACAGUCGAUGCACAUACUGCUGAAGUAAACUGUUUAUCCUUCAAUCCGUAUAGUGAAUUUAUAUUAGCUACAGGAUCUGCUGAUAAGACUGUAGCUCUGUGGGAUCUCAGGAAUUUGAAGUUGAAAUUGCAUUCUUUUGAAUCACAUAAGGAUGAAAUUUUCCAAGUUCAGUGGUCACCCCAUAAUGAAACAAUAUUAGCAUCUAGUGGUACAGAUAGGAGGUUACAUGUAUGGGAUUUAAGCAAAAUUGGUGAAGAACAGUCACCAGAAGAUGCUGAGGAUGGACCGCCAGAAUUGCUGUUUAUUCAUGGUGGUCAUACAGCUAAGAUAUCAGAUUUCUCAUGGAAUCCAAAUGAGCCAUGGGUUAUAUGUUCUGUUUCAGAGGAUAAUAUAAUGCAAGUAUGGCAAAUGGCUGAAAAUAUAUAUAAUGAUGAAGAGCCAGAGACUCUUACUACAGAUUUAGAACCUUCAACAACAUGAGCAAUUUUAUGUUAAAAUAAACCAGUGCUUCAGUUAAUGGUAUUUUAAAGUAAUCUACUUCAUUUUAGAAUGCAUCGUCAUCCUUUUUCUGAUUGAACUGAUUUCUCAUUCAUUCUUGCUAAAUAGUGCAGUUUGAUUGCACUUUGUACCUAUCAUGUAUACAGUUUUGAUAAUAAAGUUUCUCUAAUUUUAAAUGUUUUUU